AUGCACCAGUCAAAGCGGCAGCGAAAGAAGACCUUUACAGGAUGCUGGACUUGCAGGUCUCGCCGGGUCAAGUGCGACGAACAGACGCCUUGCUGUCAGAGAUGUCGGCUUUUCGGCGUCGAUUGCGAAGGAUACGGCAUUAGGCUCACCUGGUUGGUCGGCGAUGGCGACGACCAGGGCCAUUUGGACACGGAUGAAAACAUGACCGAUGUUUCCACACCCAGACCCAAACGUAAUAUGCGCACUUUUGAUCGUCCCGAGCUCUACCUCACUCCAGGUUGGUCUGCAUUGGAGCUGGAUGCCAUGCUGGAACGGAUUGAUGACUGCCCCGUCGAUUCUUCCCGGACUGAGUCUGGGGUCUUUUCGGUUUUCCCUGUCCGGACAGCGCUUUCCAGGUCUGGGGAUCACACCGCGAGAGAGUUGAUCGGAGAAGAGUCUGCCGGGCAGAGGGUCCCUAUAAGCUUUCCUGGUUGUCAUCAGUCCGAUUCGAUAUCGUCGCCGCUUAUUGGAUCGAGAUCCGGAGGGGUUGGACCUGGAUCCCCAAAGGACCUGAUCGAUACCUUUCCUGCCCAGCAACCCAAAACCAGCCCGACUGACAUCGUCCUGAAUUCAGUUACAGAUCACCAAUAUGUACGCACCGCAGACUCGCCCGCCGUCCACGACUUGGAAUUGAUACACGAUGACAAUGGCAUGGCCAGAGCCCAAAUAAACGCCCCAGUUUCAACAUAUGCACCUCAGUCGCUGUCGCAACGACCUUCGCGACACUUGGACCUGCUCCAAAUCCCCGCGUCACAGAAGCGAUUGAUUCAUCACUGGAUCACGUUUACCAGUAGCAAACUAGUUCUUGUGGAUGAACCCCAUAACCCAUGUCGGACUAUGAUGCUACCAAUGGCACUGAGAGGCAUAUUGUCGAGCCUCAACGAGUCCACCGCCGAUGUAUCAAUAUUUCAUGCCAUUUGUGCAUGUGCAGCAUACAAUCUGUUCGAGUUGGGUGGCCGGCGUGUUGACGAAGACAGGGAUCUAGCCUGGACGCACGACCAGCAAGCCAUUCGACAUUUACGUCAAAAUCUAGUUCAAGGCGAUCAACAGCAUAGCCAAUCUAUCGCAAUGGCCAUCAUGGCAUGUAUAACCAUCGAGGCCAUUUCAGGGAAUACGGGCCGAUGGAGAACACAUCUGGACGGAGGGCUUGCAUACCUCGUCGAGCAACGUAAAACAGUCACUGACCAGGAUGGUCCCAACGCGUUCCAGGUCCACUUGGUUUCAAUGGCAAUACUUUGUGGAUACCAGAUACCAGCUGAACUGAAGUCAUUUUUGCACGAUGCAGAAGAUAUGGAGUUAUCGUUCCCAUAUUAUGGGGUCUCCCAGUCAGUUCUGAGGAAUCUUGACCAUAUGAAUACGACCCUGGCCUCAGCCUGCGCCCCUGAAAGUGCAGAGCUUGAUAUUUUUGAGCUUCAAUUGUACCUGGGCUUCCCACCAACUACCGCAAAUUCCAAACCCGGCGCCAAUUCUGCCAUUCUACAUUGCAUGGCACAAUGCUUCUAUUACGCUUGCCUUGUAUUUUACCAGAGAUGUAUUCGACGAGUACCAAUCGACGAGGUACAGGUACUUGUUGAAAAGGGAUUGAUGCAAUUGGAGGCCAUAGAAACAGAAAGCCAAGGAUCGACUGGCUCUGUGAUGAUGUGGGCACCUCUUGUACUCGGAGCCGAAUGUAACGACCCGGGGCUUAAAAUUCGGGUGAAAAAUUGGUUUCAAAGGAAGAAAGGUCUAGGAUUCAGGAACUUGACUGUGCUUAAGGAUAUGAUAAGCAUAAUAUGGGCCAGACGAGCAGACGGCGAAGCGGAAAUCAACUGGCAAGAUCUAAUAUCACAAGAAACCUUCGAUGUUUUUAGAUUAUAG